AUGUGUGCAGCCAAUAAAAAUGACCUCCAGGCCAAAUUCUUCAUUUACCUCUGGAACCCUGUGACCAAUACAAGCAAGAUGGACAAAUUCGUCACCAUCGGCAGUAUUAAGAACGUCCAGGAAACCACGCUGGGUGAUAUUCGGAAGAAGCUGAUCAGCGAGAAGGCGUUUAGCUGGAGACAGAAGUCGAGCGAAUUCUGCAAUGCCGUCGGCGCGGAAGUGGACGAUUCACUGCGCUUCGACAUGUACCUGGACUUUUUGCACAACACCGAGACUGAAGGGGAAGCUGCCAAAGAAGCAGACGAGGGCGAAAGCGCCAACAAAGGCAAGAAAGGACAACAGCCAGUUCGCAAAGAAGACAGCAGUGGCCACUCAUUCAAGGUUUACUUGAAGCUGCGGAAACUUGCAAAUGAGAUGGACCAAGAGACGCAGGAGUUUCUCAAAGAAAAACUCGCGAUUGAGCUCAAGAGACCUGAUCUGCUGGAAGCCGGGUCGAAGAUCUUGGGCAGCUCAUACGAUCAUCGGAACUUCAUGGCCGCCGCCGGCAAAAGCGAGAUUACGCAUCCGGCUGAAAUGGGCGAGAAAGAGUGGUAUAUUGUUCUCCAGAACAAUUCCGUCCUCCAUGGCAACUACGUGAGGCAGCUGAGCACCGGCGAGAGAAGGGUCGAGCGCGCCAUGUACCCUGCCCUGACGCUGAAGACGCGCCAGUUCCACGACUUUGAGGUUGUGUUCAGUGGUGGCAGCGGUGCCAGCAAAGUCAAGGAAACCACGACCAGCAAAGACCCUGCAGGCGAGAAGAGUGUGGCCAGUAAAACUGGCAAUGCUAGCGAGACUCCAGUGAUGCACAAGCUGAGGAUUCCCCGUUUUCUGGUCCAAGAUAACUCUUACGUCAGUGUUUCGGAGAACAAGUCAUCUGUUGCCAAUGCCAUCGCCGAUAGCUCGCUCGCUGAACAUUCGGCCGAGUUUGCUGUUGGUGGAGGAGCUUUUGGAGUCAGUGCUGGAGUCAAGGUUGGAUACAAAUCGGAAAGCACGGACAAAACAGCGUCCAACAGCUUGGUGGACAAGAAGCGCAUGACCAUCACCUAUAAUUUCCCCAGAGUAGUUCUCGAACUCGACGGAGAGAGCGUGGAACUGUCCGACGAAUGCCAGAAAGAUCUUGCGGUGGUCACCACCCAAGCAGAUGUGAAGUCUUUCAAGAAGAAAUACGGAACGUUUGUGGCCACUCGCGUUGAGCUUGGUGGACGGCUGCAUUCCACCGAGGAAAGCAAUGCCUUUUCCCAGGAAAGCGUCGAGGAGAAGGCCAGCUCGCUGAAGAUCGCCGCUGCUGCUUCCUUCUCGUAUGGCAGCUAUGCCCAGGGCUCUGUCAGUGGCGAAAAGGGGGAUGCCACCAACCACCUGGGGAAGAAGUCCAGCAGUGGGCUAAGCAACAGUCUGACCUGGGAGGCCAAGGGUGGCGAUACUUUGCUGUGCAACAACCCCCCUGCCUGGUGUAGCACCGUGGGCUCCUACUACAACUGGAGAGUCGUCAAGCAAGAGGAUCUCGUUUCUAUUGAAGAGAUGAUAUCGAUGAUCGCUGGUUAUGCAGACGUCAAACAGAAGUUCCUCAAGUUGGAUCCUCCUGCCCCAGGCGGCAAUAAGCUGACAACCACGCCGGCCCCCAAGCCCCUGCCCAAAAUGGCCGAGGGCUGGGUGGAAUUCUGGCUGAAAUCCGUUGAAGAUGACAAGUUUGUAACCGCAAUGCCAGAAAAUCCAUUUGGAAAUAUCACCUGGGUAAUGAAUCCUACGCCAUCCCAAAACAAAGGGAUGAAUGAGAUCAACCGGAUUCGAUCUUUGAAACGGUCCGUUGAAAUGACCCCGUCAGCUGCUGGUAAGUCCCAGUGCUUCACAGCCGGUUGCAAACACUACGAGAUCUGGGAUGAAAAAGCAAAAACAUUCAGGAAAAGGCUUAGAAUCGGUGGAAGCUACAUCUGGUGGAGCAUGGAGGCGAGCAAAUACGCUGGAGCAACCCUGCCCUGUGAAGGGCUCGAGCCGAGAUCCUACACCUGGGUUGGUGCGGAGUGGGCAGAGAGUUGCUACUUCCAGUUCGUGCAUGUCACGGCGACGGACAAGUUGCACAUCGAUCACGAUGAUGCCGUUCGCGUCCAAGUCUCUGAUACAAAGGGCAACUUCCUCGGAUAUCUCAGAAAUAUGCCGCCCCUCGGUGUGUAUGGAGAAACGGGCGACAUUUUCAGAUUCCAGUAUGCGGUCAAGUGA